AUUCCUUAUAUUUCUUUAAGCCCAAACUACAAAAUAACAUCUUUAAUUUUCUUAACAACAUUUAAACAAACUUUUUUUUUUAAAGUUAUAAAUUAAUUUUUAUUUUGACUUGUGAUAUAUUUCCUCAACAAAAAAAAAUAAGCGUUCUUAAUUUUCGAUUUUUUUUAAUUAAAAUCUACUCGAUAACUCAGCUUUACUUUCUAACAAAACUAAACUUUAAAAUAAUAAAAUUAUUACCAUUAUAACUAUGUAUUUUUCAAUUAUCUUUCUUGUAUUUUUAUUAAACUGCAUUUGUAAUAAGGAAAGUUUCUACGUAUUUGCAGAUUAUGAGGAAUUGAUGUCAAUUAUUCAAGGAGAGGAGGUAAUAGAAAAAAUGACUAUGUAUUUUAGUGACGCUUCCGUACGAAACCCUAAAUCACCUUUUAAUAUAUUAACUUUAGACGGCAGAUCUAUACAGCCAAAUCAGAAGUUGGAAUACUUAAGCGCAGAUAAACUUUACGCACCAAAAAAAGAGAAAUUAGAAGCAUUUUGGCAAAACUUUAUGUUGCAUCAUAAAUUAUCUCAAGUGACGGAAGAUACAUUAAUUCUUCCUGGGCAGCCUGGGAUGGUUUUAGCGUUGGUUUUUUAUCACGUUAUGUGUGAAGCGUUCAGUCUUUCUGAAAAAUUAAAAAGUUUUUCAACGGACGACCAAGACGUUUAUUUUCAUGCUCUCAAGCAGAUGUACAAUGAUAAUACUAUGUUUGUAAAUAGUCACAAAAAAAUUAUAGCGUAUCCUAUACCAACGAUUUGUUUCAUGGGAACAGUAUUUUUGUUGGUUGACCCUGUGUCUCGAAAAACAGUGAAUAAUAUUGAAGGGGCACCAAGAAGUAGUGGAACGUCUUUUUCGUUAGACAAUUGUUUUGACGAAAAAAUGAAAACACCUAUUAAAAACUAUAUAGAGAGUAUUAAGGAAUCAAAAUCAACUUGUUCCCAAAUCCUUACACGUGAUCUUCACUUUUCGUUUGAUUACAUAGACACAGCCACGGGCAAUGUAAGAGAGAAAGUAGAGAUAAUGGAGAAUUUGAUCCGGUCUGGCAAAAGCUAUCGUUCUAAACUGUAUUCAAUUUUGCGAAAUCACAAAGAAAGAAGUGUUUUCGAUUUUGCUGAUGAACUUGUCAGACGCGAAGCUGCCAAAAAAAACUAUGAUAAACUUAAAACAAAUGACAAUCAAAAAGAUACAAAAAAAGUAAAUAUUCUACAAAAAAUUAUGUUAUCGCCGUUGGGAAAAAGAAAAUUCAAAAAAGAUGUCUUUGACAAGAAGACAAAAACUGAAGAUAAUGCGAAGACCGAUUUUUUAAAUAAAAAAAAGGAUUCUUACACUGAAAGUGAUAUAACGAGUUUUGGUCCUUCUUCCAAUGGUUUAUCUGAGUUUUCUUCUAAAUCCGGCAACUUGAUCUCUGCAAAAGACCCCAAACAGAUAACCGAAAUUUCACAGCCCUCAAAUAAUCUAGAGAAUAAAGGACUAUUCCAACGAAUACGCGAUUACGUUGGAAAACCAAAUGAACCGAAAAAUCAUAAUAACAUUUUGAACUCAAUAAAAAAGGACUCACAUAAACCGACUUUCUACUAUGAUUUAGAUUCCACACUCCCUGACUAUUCAAAAUCAGAAGAUAGAAGUGUGCAGCCAGCCUCUGACCUAAAAACGGCUGAAGCGGCAGACGAGACCGAAUCUACUUUUUCAAGAUUGAAGAAUACGGGAAAAAUAGGUAUUGUAUCCCCUCAUCGUGAAGCUUUAAUUAAAGAGUUAAAAGAAUUUCAGUUGAAAAAAGCCAGCGUUUCUGACUAGAGAAAUUUAACUUCCAAGAAUACUUUUAAACUACCCUGUAAUGCAAA